AUGCCACUGUGCGCAACCACGAGGCACAGCAAUAUACCCUUUGGGAACAUCGAGCCACAGCUAUCGCGGCUCGCCGUCUUCUUUGUGGUUGUCCACAAUCGACAUAUCCACCUCUUCGAUUCGUUUCGCGACUUGCCGCCGAGGUUAACAGACCGAUCGAGCGAGCAGGACGAGAAGAAUGGAAGUGGGCGGACGUUCGUAGCAGCAACUCGGCUAGCAGCCUGCUUGCUUCCUGGUAACGCACUUCAUUGGCCCAUGUUCGACGUGAUUCAGAGCAAACUGGAGAUUUCGGGCGAGCAAGACAGUGAGCCUAGUUGGGGAGCUCAGAGCCGUUCCCUUACCAGUGGCGCAAGUGUUUCCAAGAGCCCGUUAUCCUGGGAGCCUUUGGGCCAUUCCACGUCGGCCGCGCGGUUCCACACACUCUAUACCUGCUCCACCAGGACUUGGGGUAGGAACAGCUUUCGCUGUCAGAUUACCGCCAGUUCCCGUCCCAGUUCUGGGUCACCGACCAGCCCGGAAGAGCGACUACAAGUGCGGGCACACCAGCCAGGGCAGACAGAGCAGGGGGGCUGGCAGGCACCAGGGGGGGCAUGGCUCCAUCCGCACGCGGCCUGGAAGCAACACGGGCCCAGACAAGAGCUCAGGAGAGGGUACCCGGGCGGCAUCUCAGUGGUGCAGGAUGGGUGCCCUGGCCCAUUACCCCCUGGGCUUACUGAGGGGCGAACCUGCUGA